AUGAUAGAUGUCAUUCAUAAUUAUGAUGUGCAUUUAGAAAACAUAUCGGAGGAACGUGACACCUCGUACGGUAUUAUAACAUUCCAUCGAUACCCCGACGUUUUACUCCCCAUCGUAUCGCCAUUUGCUUCUCGACCUGAAAAGGUAGUGGAUUACAUCAAAAUACUGAGGACUGGCACCAAAUAUGGUAGUUCACCAGCUCAAGCGUUCGAAUUAGCUGUGCAACAGUUCAUCAGUAGUCAUCAUCCCACUUCGAACAAAUUGGUCAUCCUGGUUCAUGACGGUAUUUCUACAGAUCUAAUAGCUGAAACACUGGAAGCUAGGUGA